AUGGCCCUCUACUUUAUGUUGUGGAACGCCCGAUCCCUUCUCCGCAAAACGCAGGAACUACAAACCCAUUUAGGUGACACCCUCCCGUCUGUGGUCGGCAUAUGUGAGACCUGGCUUCCCCCUCAUCUUUCUCUCUCCUUUUCGGGAUACAACAUCAUCUGCAAAGAUCGUGGUCAAGGACGUGGAGGAGGUGUCCUUCUCGCCAUCCAUGACUCACUCAUCUCAUUGCCUCUCCUUAUCCCUCAGUCUCAAGAUGGGCGUCUGGAGGUUGUUGCGGCCAAGGUUGGACUUGGUGGUGGCUGGCUCACGGUGGCAGUCUGCUACAAUCCUGGCCACCGAGAGUUUAUGCGCUACUUUUCCGCCCUGCAGCCUCCACCCUCCCGGACUAGCGACCAGGUUUCAUCUCCAUACUGGUGCCGCCUCGGUGCUCGACCUGUUCCUUGGAGACCCUACCUUCAAGGACUCCACCUUCUGCACUGGACCUUACAUGGGCAGCGACCACCUCCCUCUCCUCGCCUCCCUCCCACAAGUCUCCCCACAGCCCCAACCUGGCUGCAUGCCCCGCUGGAGGCUCAAUUCUUCUGGCUGGCCCCAGUACGUGGCUGCGCUUCCUCCUCACUGGACACCCAACAUCUUCCCCUGGAUGAAGCCGCAACAACCAUUGCUGGGGUGCUGUCCGAGGCUGGCACAGCUGCCUUCCCACUCAUCACCCGUCGUCGUCCACGCCGCCCUGGGAAGCCCUGGUGGGAUGCAGCCUGUGCGCAGGCAGUACAGGACCGUCGCCAGGCUUGGAAUCAGUGGCGUAGGACCCCCACUAUCCAGGCUGGCCGUGCUUACCGCCGCCUGGACGCCAUCUGUGCCAAGACCAUCCUCAAGGCAAAGCGAAAUGCAUGGGACCUGCACUGCUCCACUCUCUCCUUCCGCUCCUCUCCCAAGAGUACCAUGUCCUUUCUCCGCUCCAUGGAGGGCAAGUUGGUAUCUCAGAACAUCCCAUUUUCUGAUGAUGAUUCUACCCCACUGGCUGACCCUGAAAAAGCAAAAAUCUUGUCAGAACACUUCCACCUCAAGAUUGGUUUACCUCCUCCUCUUCGUCCGCCUCCAACCCUUACUUCAGUUAUUGAAACUGCCGUCUCCUCUCCAGCUCUCCCAUCCCUUGCUCAACCAUUCAAGCCUCAUGAACUCUCCUCAGCCUUAGCUACAUUAAAACCCGCAUACAGGCCCAUCAGCCUCCUCUCCUGCAUCGGGAAGCUGCUGGAGAGGUUAGUCAACACCCGCCUCACCUGGUGGUUAGAAGCUAACAACAAGCUAGCAGAGGAGCAAUGUGGCUUCCGCCCUCACCGGAGUACCCUGGAUGUGCUGGGGCAAAUUGAGUAUCACAUCUGUGACACUUACCGCCAGCGUCAAGUCAUAACGGCCCUCUUCCUUGACCUGGAGGGAGCAUUUGAUUCGGCACCACGUGAGGGUAUCCUGUACAAGCUGGCACUCAUAGACAUCAUUGGCACCACCCUUGCCUGGGUUCCUACCCACUCUCACCUUCUCCUCUAUGCUGAUGACAUUACCAUCGUCAGUCGAGCACCCACACUUUCCGAGGCUCAGGACCACCUGCAGGAGGCUGCCACCGCCUUGGGUGCAUGGAUGACAACCUGGGGCUACAAGUCACUUCCAACUCCACCUACCGUCAACUUAAGUGGGGAGGCUGUUCCAUACUCAACCUCACACACCCUCCUCGGACUGCGGCUGGAUGGCCCUCGCCUCUCCUGGGUAAAUCACAUCAGUUAUCUCCGCACCUCCUGCAACAAACGCCUGGAUGUGAUGAAGCGAAUAGCUGGCAUCCGCUGGGGAGCCAGUCGUGACCUGCUCCUCCACUACUAUAAGACCACCAUCAGGGCCAAAAUGCAGUAUGCCAGCUGCUUCUAUGGGUCAGCUGCCUACUCCAACCUCCUCAAGCUUGACCCCAUUCAGAACGCUGCCUUGAGGAUCUCUAUGGGGCCAUGA